AUGUACAUCCCCGAACGCCGUCUAGCCAAAAGAGCCCCCGCCGAGUCCAUCGUGGGAGUCGUCAUUCUAUGUAUCAUUCUCAUCAUAGUGGCUAUUGCUUUCGUCACCAGAAGACAUGUUCACCUGUUCUUCAAAAGGAAGAACUCCCGUCCGUUUAACCAGGAACAGCAGCCGCCAAGGCCUCCCCAGCGUGUGGCCACUUACCAGCCACGCCAGGUUUCCCAGACCCAGUUUCAGACUCAGAGCCAGACCCUAGACGGUUUGCAGCCAGUGAGUACUCCUCCGCCCAAGUACGAACCUCCACCGCCUCCGUACCCUGCUCACCUCAGGGAUGAGCUGUGA